AUGCAGGACGGCAGAGGGCCGGCCCACGCGGCUGCGGUGAGUGGACACCUCGAGGCAUUGCGGCUUCUCCUGGAGGCUGGCGCUGAUCUGCAGGCGCGCUCGCAGCUGGGGGACACUCCCCUGACGCUGGCGGUUGCCGAAGGUCGCGCCGAAGCUGUUGGCUUCCUGCUGGAGGCCCGAGCGGAUGCCAAUGCCUUGGGUGCCUGCGACGCAGAGAAUGCCGUCGACCUGGCGGAACGUCGCGGAAACGAGGACCUGGCCUCCAUGCUGCGGGCGGCCGGAGCGCGCCCCAGCGGCAAGGUUCUGCGCCUCCGGGGGCUGAGCGCCCUGCGACCCCGGGACAUCCCCACCUCUGCAUCCACCUGGCUCACCAGCGGCGCCCCCACCCUGGCAAAGGACCAGGGAAAGCGCUACCACGAAGUGCUCCUUCGGGGGCGCUUCGCGAACCCACAGGUGGGAUGGUUGAGUGCCCACUUCCAGGAAGGUGAAAAGGACGGCAUUGGCGUUGGAGACAAUGCAGAUGGCUGGGGAUUUGAUGGCGAGCGAUGCCUGCAGUGGCAAGCUGGAAAGACGCAGAAGGCAGCCCUCGCUCUGUGGAGACCCGGGGACGUCCUCGGUCUUGCCUUGGACUUCGACGAGAGCACGAUGCGCCUGUCGCAUCAGGGCAUCUGGCAUGCAGAGGAAGCCUACCGGAUGAAGUUUCAGGCCAACGGUCAGCGCUUGUAUCCAGCCGUGUCGAUGAUGGGCUUCUUCUCCGUGGCCAUUUCCAAAAAAGAUUGGAAGCAUGCUCCACCAAACAAAAAUUAUCAGGCUUGGGAAAACGAGGGCACUUUUGAUUGGGGCCUGGCGGCGGGGAGCUGA